CAGGCCCCUGGGCGCCGCCAUGUUGUACGGCGCCGCGCCGCCGUUGACAAUACUGCGCCCUCACCUGGGAUACGAAGGAUUCUUGAUCAAACAUGGCGAGGUUAAGCGAGCAUGGGAUUCGCCUCAGUGCGAUGAGCCCGACGUACUUACACACCAACUCGACCAGUCACACCUGGCCUUUCAGCGCAGUCGCCGAGAUCAUAGAUAAUGCAUGUGAUCCAGGAGUGUGUGCCAAACAAAUGUGGAUUGACGUGACUGAGAUUAAAAAUGAACUGUGCCUGGUCUUCACUGAUAAUGGGAAUGGAAUGACUCCAAUUAAACUACACAAAAUGUUGAGCUUUGGCUUCACUAACAAAACGGGGAAUAAAAACCACUUGCCAAUAGGAGUAUAUGGAAAUGGGUUUAAAUCAGGCUCCAUGCGGCUGGGAAAGGAUGCUAUGGUCUUCACCAAGAAUGGCGGAGCAUUAAGCGUGGGCCUCUUAUCGCAGUCGUAUCUGGAGCAGAUUAAUGCACAAGCGAUAAUCGUCCCCAUUGUGCCUUUCAACCAACAGAAUAAGAACCUCAUAGUUACUGAAGAUUCAGUGCCAAGUCUGGAGGCUAUUUUAAAAUUUUCCGUCUUCAAGUCACAGGAAGAGCUACUGGCAGAAUUUGACACAAUUGUUGGCAAGAAAGGAACACGGAUUAUUGUUUGGAAUAUCAGAAGAAACAAAGAUGGACAACCUGAGCUGGAUUUUGAAACAGACCAGUAUGACAUUCGAAUCCCAGAUAUCAAUUGUGACGAGAGUGCGGGAAAGAAGAAAAAUUUUAAGCGGCCAGAGAGGCUGGAUCAGCACAUUCCUGAAAGUGACUACUCCUUAAGAGCAUAUUGUAGCAUUUUGUAUCUGAAACCUCGAAUGCAGAUCAUAUUGCAAAAGAAGAAAAUCAAAGCACAGCUUAUCACAAAGAGUUUGGCGCAUGUGGAAUAUGAUGUUUAUAGACCUAAUUUUAUUAAUAAACGUGUAAAAAUAACCUUUGGUUUUAACUGCAAGAACAAGGAACAUUAUGGGAUAAUGAUGUACAAUAAAAAUCGCCUGAUCAAAUCCUAUGAGAAAGUUGGAUGCCAGAUAAAGUCAAACGGCAGAGGAUGUGGAAUCGGUGUAAUUGGAAUUAUUGAGUGCAAUUUUCUAAAACCAGCACAUAAUAAGCAAGAUUUUGAAUACACCAAAGAAUACAGGUUGACUUUACAGGCACUGGGGCAGAAGUUGAAUGAUUACUGGAAGGAAAAGAAAAUCAAGAAAAGACAGGAGGAAGCAGAUAGCACAGAGAUGAUAGAAGAGCCACGAACUGCUCCUGAUCAAGCGUGGGUUCAGUGUGAGACAUGCAUGAAAUGGCGCAAAUUACCACCAGACGUCGACCCAGAAUCAUUACCAGAAAACUGGUACUGUAAUAUGAAUCCGGACCCUAAGUUCAGAGACUGUUCUAUACCAGAGGAGCCAGAAGAAAGUGAUGAUGAGAUUACACCCAGUUACGAGAAAACAUCCAAAAAAUAUGAUCAAAGUCAGGAGAGAAAAAGAACAAAGUCUUUGGAACAAGAGAGCCUCAUGUCACCUGAGCAGCAAUCUGAGCUGUUUUCCCCAAGCCAAAGUCAAGAUAGCCUGAAAACAGAAGAGAGUGAAGAGAAAGAGGAGGAGGAGGAGGAGGAGGAGGAGGAGGAGGAAGAAGAGAGAGGCUGCAGAACACGAUCAUGUUUCACUAGUGUCAGCACAGCUUCAGGAAAUGCAGAUGUCGUGAACGAAGAACGUGUUGUGUCCUCCAGUCUAGGACUGAACAGUAACAAACGAAAGCAGAGUCCAAAAGGUAAAAGCCGAAAUAAAAAGCGUUUCAAAGAGAAAGCAGAAGCAUUGGUCAUUCCUGGUGCAGCCCAAUCAAUGGAAUCUGGAACCGUGAAUUCGAACAGAGAAAUGGAAAGUAGCAGUAGUGAUGAGGAUCUCAUCAUCAUAGAUAAUGAAAGUAUGCAGCGAUUUAAAGACAUUCCACGAAGCACCAAGGAGGAAAAAAUAGAACCCAUGGAUUUCUCUAGACCCCGUGAAGAUCAUUCUGACAAUAAAAUAAUUAACCAAAAUGGUGAAAAUAGUGAUGGAUCGGUUAUUCGUGUUUCUGCAGAAAAUGCACUUAUUUCAAUUGGAACACAGACCAAUAAAUUUCCUGUGAUAAAGAAAAUGGAACCAAACUCUAAUGGCACAAACGAACCCGCACUCUCCCAUUGUAAUGUUGGAUCCCAAGGAAGUGUUUUAACAGACAAAGUUCCUGAAAUAGCUGUCGAUUCAACAAAAUAUACUCCAGCUACAGUGCAAUUUUUGGAGAACCAAUUGGACCAUGCAAAAAAUUUAUUGGAUGAAAUAACUGUAGAAAGAGAUUGCUUUAGGAAGCAAAAUGAAGAACAUACAAUUGCACUAAAGCAGAUAACAAAACAACUGCUGGAGUAUCAAGAAAACGAGCGGCAACAACAAAGCAAAAUGAAAAAAGAAGCUAAUGGGCCUGAAAUCUGGAGUCUUGAAGAGAUCAAAGCAGAUUACAAGAAAAUAAUUGAAGAUCGCGAUUCCUUGACUCAGCAGUUAGAUGAUGCAACAAAGGAGAUGGAAAAUUACUCCUUGGAAAGGGAUCUUUUAAAAGAUAAGCUCGUGAAAAUGGAGCAAGAAAAAGAUCAAUUUAGAUCAGAAUGUGAAAAAAUAAAACAGGAUAUGAAAUCCAACAGAAACAAAGGGGAUGAAUUUUAUUGGACCAAAAAAUCAGCUGCUGCCUAUAGAUACUCGGAACUAGAGCUGAUGCGGACAGAGGUGGAGACGUUAAAAGGACAAAAGGAAGAGCUGGAGAAGAAAUUGGAUGAAGCCCUUAGAUGUAAUGCAUUACAUAAAGAGGCGUUGGUUCCUUCCACCAGCCAAGGAGUUGCACAGGCUAACAGUUUAAUGGCAAAGCUGAAGUCAUUGCGAGUAAAGGUUGGCCACUUGCUGGGUUCUGUUCUGCCUCACUUGGACUUAAAGGAUAUCAGUUAUGAAACAGACACAAUUGACGAAAUCCUGGAAAAAGUCAUAGAAGCAAAUAAACUCUGAACUCAAUCUCUCAUAUUGUAUCAUACAGUAACAACAGCCGAUGAUUGUGUUUGACCAAAGUGUGUGAGGAUUUAUAAUGCUGAAUCUCAGAAAAACAGAAAAUGUGAUAGCAGUGUACAUCAAGUAUUUGCACACUUAGCUACGCUGACUACCUACCAAAAACACAAAACUGAAUGUUUUGAUAACUAUGUAGUUGAUUAGAUUUAUACAUUUGUAAUGAAAUUAUCAGAGUUGCUGGUAAUUACACAAAUUACUGCUAUGGUUUUCAAUUUUAUGUUUUUUGUUACUGCGAUAUGUGGCGCAAAAUGUAUCCUCCAGCAGUAAUGCAAUUGAAAAUAUGUCUGAAGACAAAGGAUUAUUCUAUUUUAUUUCCAAAAGUAGAAACAUGUAUCCGGGGCAAAAAUCCAUCUGCUGGAGGAACUCAGCGGGCUGAUUCUGAAGAAGUGUCCCAAUCCGAAAUGUCAUCUGUACAUUUUCCUCCACGAAUAUAACCAGGCCUGCUCAAUUCCUCCAGCAGUUUGCUUUUUGCUCACGAUUCCAGCAUAUACAGUCUCUUGUGUCUCCAACGAGUACAUAGGACCAACUCAAGAUUAUAAUAAGCUAUACAUAGUGGAGAUACAGAAGCAGUUAUCUGAUGCCUGCUGUUGCUUUAUGGUUUUAAACCUGUGCAUGGAAACAACUUACCAUUAUACUGAUAUCUCAUUCUCAAUCUCUUUUAUAGUUCCUAAGUUUUUUUUUUAAAUAUUAUCUUCUUAGAUUUAUCUAUGGUUAGAGAGGAAUGUAUUAAUGAAGAUCACUUUUACCUUUCUUAGCCAGUAGAUGGUUGAGUAAGCCUGUAAACCAAUUGGCAGAUUGGUGUUGAUAUUCAGUAACAAAGAAUGACAACUCAAAGUUAACAUAUAUGUACUCAUUUAGCCAAGUCUCUGACUGCUAUUACAAGAGAAGCUUUCAGCAUCCUCCUCUUACAAAAAUAGUUUCCUUAGUAACCAAGGCUAUUAUAACAAGGUAGUUCCUGCAGUUAGAACAAAUCAAUGUGUUGCCUUUGGCUAAAACCUGAACCAAAAUUGGAUUUGAGUGACCUGGUUACAUUUAGAACUUACUGGUUACUGCAAAAAUGUUUGUUUUUUUUUGCAAUUAUUUGGUUUCUGACUGAUUCCAAGAUGAUAGCUGAAAUAAAACAUAAAAUGCUGCAAAUAUGCUGAAAAUCACGCCACACAUUGGAAUGUUUCACUAUCAUCUAAAGCAGAAGAAGCAGGUACUAUGAAAACACCCAAAGAUGCUUAUUUCCAAAACUCCAUCUGAAUUGAAAAAAAUGGUCUAACUUGACUAGGCAAGACUUAUUUAUUAUUACAUUAGAGCAGGUUAAUUGUUUUGUGUACAAAACAUGAAGGGAAACCCAGUGAAGUAACUGGAAUACUCUUUACUUUCAAUACAAUAUAUUGUAUUAGCAUUAAACCCCAAGCGAGAAAUUUCCUCUUGUUUUUGGCAUUGAACGUGUGAGAACAUGUAUUGUCAGUGGUUCAUGCUUCCCAUCUUAGAACUAAUGUUUCAGGAUGGGAAUGCAACCAGCAACUGAUACUUUUGUACACAUUUUGCUCGAGUGGCCAAAGAUAUUUUUCUCCUCGUAAUUCCAGAAGGUCCAUUCCCCCAGUGGAAGUGUGGGCGAGAAGCCUUGGCAUUUACAAGGCCCAUUGGAAACAGAAGGGUGCAGUUUUUAACAUUGUCAGGAUCGGCUACUGACGUUCUCAUCACUGGCGGUUAUCUUGGCAGGCUCAGAAAGUUUAGAGACAGGCACCUUUAAGUCGUUCGUUGAUUUUUUGAAUACCUAAGUAAUGUUGACUUUUCUAUGAUACCUAUAGGUGCUUUACUUAUUUCCAGUUGAUCUCUUUAUCUGAAUUUGUUACCGUUUUCAGCAAAAUACCCAUCACUCAGAAAGUGAAUCAUAAAUUAGCUUAUCGAAGAAAGUACACUACAAUUAGUUUUAAUAAACUGUUUUAACUUUUAAAGAGGAAUGCAAAUUUAUGGCUUGCUUGCUCAAUAUACAGUAACCAUUUCACAUUGAGGAUCUGUGUUUUAAUAUUGCAGUGUGAUAUGAUGAAAUGUUCCCUCUGACAGUCAUGAAAGUUUGAACUCAUUAAGCUAACACUGCAGACCUGUUUGUACUUUGGUAUCAAAUUGGAAGUCCUUUCCAAAGAAAUUAAAAGGAUGAUUUAUGAAAUGUAAAACUAUCUAGGCCAUGGAGUAAUUACUACUCUGGAUACCCUGCUUCUUUUCCGUACAUCUCAGAUUUAAUCUACUUCAAACUAUGUCAACCAGACGUAUGUACUUGAUGGAGCAGUGUUUGGUGGGUAGAUAGUCUUGCGUUGUUAUUAAUAAUAUUAAAUUUAAUUUAAUACAAAUUGGCUGUGAAUACUGGACAUAACCCUGACGUGCCAAUAUUAACAUUCAUUUUUGUUAUUUAAUUUGUGCCUGAACAAAAUUCAGUGUUUUUUUUUACUUACAUUAUCACAAUGUACUAUUAUUGUUACUGUAGAUAAAUUUAGCAACCACUUUGCGCAUACUUGUCCUGUGUUCUGUGUAAUGUAAAUGAGAUAACCAGUUCCUGGAUGUUUGAAUAUGUCGAUUGAAGGACGGCCAUUAGCCAGGGAACCAGGAGAAGUCACUUCUCUUCCUCACAGAGUCUUGAGAUUUUUUUUAUGCUCUUCUGAACAGUAGUGGUUUAUGGUUUAUGUCACACCUAAAAGACAGCACCAUUGGCAAUGCAACUCUUCUUCAGUUCAACACUGAAGUAGUAGUCUGGAAUAAAUGUGACAUUUAUUGAGUGAUUCUACAUUAUACAGACCUGCAGCUUAAGCAAAGAUUUUCUGAAUGAGAUGGUAGUUUGAUGGUUAUAGCUCUAUGCGAGCGCCUCAGAGUAUUUUCAAAUUCCGCCCUACAAAGAUUACAAAAUUGUUACCAUUAAAUAGAAAUAACCAUAAAAACUGUUGAUAUCUCUAAAUUUCAAAUCAUUCCUUAAUAUCCCUCGGGGGGAGGCUCUAGCCCAUUCUAUUCAGUCCAACCUAAAUGACUGCAUUAUAGCAUUACUCGUUGUUUUUAAUGGUCUGAAAUUAGCUUCACGCACACUCAAUUGUAAGAAGAACGGUUAAGAAAAAAGAGUGCUGGUCUUCUCAGGAAGUAAUUGUGUCACUUCAGUCCACAUCCUGCAAAACUGCCAUUGGAUAACAUUUUGAAGUUGGGUCUGGGGCCUGUUGGUUAAAAAAGGUGGUGCAAGCUUUCUGUUACAUCGAGCCAUACUGCCUUUGACUAGCUGUAGCUUAUCAAAAUAUAGACCCUAAUAUAUUUUAAAAGAGAAAAAAAACAUGAAAUUGAAGCUGAUUGCACUUAGUGCAGAUUCAUUGCAAUUUCACUGGAUUGCAAUUUUAUUACAAAUAUUUAACUGAAAGAUCAGCAUAACUGCUGAAGGAGAAUUUUAAGGAGUGUACAAAUUCUCAAUAAUUGCUCCCCUCUACAUUUUCUAGAAAUUUUAUUUUUUUAGUCUUUGAAUCUAGAUUAAAUAUCAUUAUAUUCCACAAUAGGAUUUGGAGUGGUGUUUCAUUGUAAUAUAUCUGAAUAUUAAAUAAACAAAAUUCAAAACAUGCUUUGUAUAGUCAUACCACGCAUGAGCAUAGAAUGGCAGCAUUGUUUUAGAGGUUGAGAUUACAGAUCUUGCACACACAAGGAAAUGAUCCCUCUUCCUAACUGUUUCCCCAAUGGAAUUUGUUCUGAAGUGUAGAACAUUAUUAUAUAAGAUUUUCCUUAAAAAAUAAGUAUCUAAAUAUAUAUGAAUUUACUUUACCUUGUUUUGUGCGGGGAGAGAUAUGUAAUUUGUAUUGUGACAAAUAAGAUAAUUUUUGAAAUGU